UUUUUUAUCAUGAACAAUCCAAUAACAAUUAUUUCACUUGUUGGAAGUGGUGCCACAGGCUUUGCCCUUUAUUAAUCUAUACCCUUAAUUAUUUAAUUAAAAAAGAAAUACAUUUAAUACUAACUUAUCAACGAAUUUACACCUACAUCUCUUUUAAAUUAUUUUCAUUAAACUCAACAAAAUACUAUUGAAGCAUUUGUUGCAGGAGAAUUAAUUUCAGCAAAUCCAAUAAUUUCAAAAACCCCUCUCAUUAUAAGUGAAAAGAAAAUUUAUUAUAUUUAUGAAAAUGGCAUGUAUAUUGAUCUUUUUAAUUCAAUAGAUAAAGCCUAAUUAAAACCAUCUAUCAAGGAGUUUCUUAAUUAAGUAUUGCAGACUAUUAUAAUAAGAUUGAAGUUUAAAGAAAUUCAACUCUUAUUUACAGAUAUUCAAUGAGUCAUAUUUGGGAUUAAAUUAAAUCUUAAUAAUUAAGUAUCAUUUAAAGAUUGAUUAAUUUUUGUUUAAAAACAAUUAAUCAAAUCAAAAUUUAAAAAUUAUUUUUUAAAGGUUUUCGAACUGGUAUACUUGAAAGGGAAUAUGGUAUUAUUGCUAAAGAAUUUUAUGUACUCUAUGGAGAAAUCAUACUUGAUAAAAAAUUAAAUUAAAUGUUUCUUUAAAAUCCUAGAUACAUUUUAAAAAGUAAGAAAUAGUUGUUAUAGCUAAUAUAAAGAAAGAUUAAUUAUGGUAGAAUAACUAUAGGAAUUCUUUUAAUUAUUUUUGCAUUUUGGACAUAUAUCUUGGGAUGUAAUGUGAAAAAUUUGAUUUUUAAAAUUUUGAAGGAGAAAGAAAAAGCAAGAUUAGAUAAAUUAAGAGGUUAAAAAUACUUAGAAAUUAAUAAUUAUGAAUGCUAAAUCUGUUAUGAAAGACCUAGAAAUAUCAUUAUUAAACCUUGUAAACAUCUUACAAUUUGUCAUGAAUGCUUAUAAAGACUUAAACAACCUAAAUGUCCUAUAUGUAAAUAAUAAAUCGAGGAUUAAAUUGAAAUUUUUUUUACUUGA